CUCUCUCUAAUAUUAUAACUAGCUUUCUCUCUCUUUCAAUCUGAAAGUGAGAAAUAAUGGAUCUGAUUAAUGAUCUUCUCAAUUCCUUUCUACCAAGUAUUGCCAUCUCCGCUCUCCAUUCCUUCUUCCCAUUUUACCUUAUCAUCAAGCUCUUCUCCUACAUCCUAAGCGCCUUCUACUCCGAAGACGUCGCCGGAAAAGUUGUCGUCGUCGCCGGAGCUUCAUCCGGCAUCGGUGAGCAUGUAGCCUACGAAUAUGCUAUCAGAGGAGCUUACUUAGUCCUCGCGGCGAGGAGAGAGAAAAGUCUCCGGCAAGUCGCCGACGUAGCUAUUCUCAUGGGCUCUCCCGGAGUUAUCUCCGUUCCGACUGAUCUUUCCAAGGUUGAAGAUUGUGAUAGAUUGAUCAAUGAAGCUAUCAAACAAUUUGGACGAGUGGACCAUUUAGUGAACUGUGCUGGGGUUACACCAGUUUGUUUGUUUGAUGAAAUUCCUGAUAUGACUAAAGUAGCUCAAGUAACGGACACAAACUUUUGGGGAUAUGUUUAUACCACUCGAUUCGCUAUUCCGCACUUGAAGAAGACUAAAGGCAAGAUUAUAGUCAUCGCCUCAUCUGCUUCUUGGCUGAAUGUUCCAAGAAUGAGCUUAUACAUUGCAAGUAAGGCGGCAGUGGUGAGUUUUUACGAGACGUUAAGGGUGGAAGUGGGGUCUGACAUCGGAAUCACGAUAGUGAAUCCAGGAUUGAUUGAAUCGGAGAUGACGAAAGGGAAGUUUAUGGACGAAAACGGGCAUAUGAUAGUAGAUCAAGAUUUACGCGAUGUUGAAAUGAGCAUAGUGCCGGUAGAGGAAGUAACAAAGGGGGCAAAAAGCAUAGUCAAUAGUGCUUGCCGAGGAGAUAGGUAUUUGGUAGAACCGCCUUGGAUGGUAACAACAUUUGUCUUGAAGGUGUUCAUUUCCGAAGUGUUGGAAUGGGCAAACCGUAUCUUUCUACUCACUAGACCCGGGGUUCCUCGAACCGAGGCUUUGAGCAAGAAGAUUUUGGAUGUAAGUGGGCUGAAACAAUGCGUUUAUCCAGAGUCACUCCUAACUCCAGAUAUCAAGAGAGAUUAAAUAUUUUGAAAAUGUAUCAAGCUUGUGUCCUCAUGUAAUAUUUUCUUCAAUAAGAGAGGAACUAGAGCUUGUAGAUGAUAAUAGAGAUAUAUGGAAACCCUAAUCUGGCUAUUGGGCAUACAAUCAAACACUUUGA